AUGGCACCAAACAAGCAACGAGCAGUCGUCGUCAAUGCAGAUGGCACGGUCGGAGUGCAAGAGGUAGACGUGCCCAAGCCAGGGAAGGGAGAGAUACUGAUCAAGGUUGUCGCUGCCGCGCAAAAUCCUACUGAUUGGAAAACUGCGACGAACGGAAAGAAAGCGGGAGCUAUCUCGGGAUGCGAUUUAGCGGGAACAGUGGAGGAGAUUGGACCUGAUGUGCAGCCUGGUUUGAGAACUAUCGGAGAACGUGUGGCGACGAUGAUCCAUGGCGGUCGCUACCCGAAUGGUGCUUUCUCAGAGUACGCCGUUGCAUUCGCCGACCGCGUACUUCAUGUCCCAGGCUCUUGGUCCUUCGAAGACGCAGCUCAGCUCGGCGUCGCACCGCUCACCGCAUGUCAAACGCUCUGGGAAUCUCAAGUCGGGCUCCCAACGCCCCUCUCUCCUGCGACCCCUCCGAAUACCACUCCGAUCUUGGUGUGGGGCGGUGCAUCGUCAGUCGGGAAUUAUGUACUUCAGAUGGCGAAGUUGAGUGGGUUGCAUGUCAUCGCAACGGCCUCGCCAAAGAAUUUCGAGCUCUGCAAGAGUCUGGGAGCGGAUGAGAUUUUUGAUUAUAGAGAUGCGGAAGUUAUUGAGAAGAUCAAGGCCUCUGCGAAUGGGAAGGGUGGGCUCAGGCAUGCGGUGGACUGUGUGGGUGAGGGUGGAACGGUGCAGAAGGUGGCGUCUGCGUUAGGAGAGCAGGGAGGGACAAUAUCUGUGGUCUUGCCGCAGAAGGAGGGGAGUGGGAGGAGUGAUGUGAAAGUGGUAAAUAGUUUGGCGUAUAAUUUGAUGGGGAAGUCCUUCGAUUUCCCUCGACCGUUCUCCCCUACACCAGAGGACCUUGUCAAUGGUUUGGAAAUAUUCAAGCUUGCGAAUGGUAUCUUGGCGACAGGAAAGUUGCAGCCUUCGCCGAAGCUGAUUAUGCCGAAGGGUCUGGCUAGCGUUUCGGAAGGGUUCCGAUACAUGAUGGAUGGGAAGGUGAGCGGUCAGAAGAUCACCUAUCGCAUCGCGGACACACCAAAGGAGUAA